CCUCUUUUGAAGGCUUUUUAUGAGCUGGACCUGUGUAUUUUAUCUGAGCUGUGAGAUAAGGGGAUUAUUACUGUGUGCAGGCAGGAUGGGGACACAUAAGACACCAGCAGGGACAGAGGCCAAUGUUUGGGGCCAUCCAUGCCCUGUUCUCCUGCCUGGUCUGUGUAAUAAUAAGUAGCUGCCUGGAGGGGAGAAGAAAAAAAGGAGAAAAACACAGUCACAAAAAGAGAGAAAGUGUUAUUGUGGAGACGAUGAUGAUUUUAAUUCAGUAUUGACACUCGCAGCAUCUUGCUAUAAUAAUGUGCAGGGUUCCAAUCGAAUCUGCUAUUUUAUCGCUGUAAUGGAGAAGCCUCGUAAACUGCUAACGCGUUUUAUAUUCUGCGGCAUAAACAACCUCCCCAUCUCGGCUUUACAGCCUUUUAUAGUUUACUAAACACUUUACAGGCCCCCUUUUUUUUCCUAUAAGGGGAAUGGGGGGGGGGGGGGGGUUCUGCACCUUUAUCAAUAAUAGGGGACAUUGAUCAUUAAAAUGUUAAAUAUGACUGGCUCGUUUGUUUUAAAAUAUGUUUAGCCUGAGAAACUGUAUGAUUUGAUAACUUGUAUUAAAAUACCAAUUACAUUUAUUGGACCCAGUAAAAACUCGUAGCAAUUAAAUCGUGUACUUUUACAGAUUUCUAAAGCGACCCUGACAUUUCAAAAGGCUAAAACUGCCUCGUUAAAAUGUUCCAAAUUAACGACUAAAUGUCCCUUUCUUUAAUUUUCUGCACUCCCCAAAAAUCAAUCUUUGGGGUGGGCUAGGUAUGCGAUGGGGGGAGAUGGAUAUGUCAUUAGUGGAGGUAGUUAAACAUAUUUAAUCGGUAUAUUGUGGUGUCUCUCCACCUCUCCCCCUCCAAUCCUGCGCGCAGUCCUGGUGGAGCGCUAGAAGCCAAUAGGAGGAGGCGCGUCUAAUAGAUGCAAAUGUUCGUGAAAAGACGCUGCAAAAUAUGAAACAAGUCAUUUGCUGCGAAGUAAAUCACAGAAACUGUUUAUGAACUGGCAAUCCCUUCCUGGAAAUGUAAAGCGACAAGUCUUAAGUGCUAUUUUUUUUUUAUUAUGAUAAAAAACAAGGGAUGCAAUCUCAUCCAGGCAUAGACUUUUGAUUGUAUCUUUCCUGGAAAUCACAGACACAACCGGCCAGGAUCUUUUUUGCUUCUUCUUCUACUACUACCACCACUACUACUACUACCACUACUACUUUUUUUUUUCUUCUUCUUCUUCUUCUUCAGUCUGUAAAAAAGAAAUCAUUAAAAUGAGCUCCUAUUUUGUCAAUUCACUCUUCUCCAAAUACAAAACAGGGGAAUCUUUGCGCCCCAAUUACUAUGAUUGUGGCUUUGCACAGGAUCUAGGUGGCAGACCCACCGUGGUGUAUGGACCCAGCGCUGGGGGCACCUUUCAGCACCCUAGCCAAAUUCAGGAAUUUUACCAUGGAACGUCCUCCUUGUCCUCGCCCCCUUACCAGCAGAAUCCUUGUGCUGUGACCUGUCAUGGAGACCCUAGCAGCUUCUAUGGAUACGACCCUUUGCAAAGGCAGAGCCUGUUCAGCAGCCAGGACUCGGAUCUUGUGCAGUACACCGACUGCAAGUUGGCUUCAGCCGGCCUGGGGGAAGAGGCAGAGAGCUCUGAACAGAGUCCUUCACCCACACAGCUCUUUCCAUGGAUGAGACCACAAGCAGCCGCUGGACGCAGGAGAGGUAGACAGACCUACAGCCGCUACCAGACCUUGGAGCUGGAGAAAGAAUUUCUCUUCAACCCCUACCUGACUCGCAAACGGAGGAUUGAGGUUUCUCAUGCUUUGGGACUUACUGAAAGACAGGUUAAAAUCUGGUUCCAGAACAGGAGGAUGAAAUGGAAAAAGGAGAACAACAAAGAUAAGUUCCCCAGCAGCAAAUGUGAGCAAGAGGAACUGGAGAAACAGAAAAUGGAGAGGUCACAACAAGACACUGAGGAGGCACUGGAUGGACAGAAGGACGAGAAAAGCCUGGACUAG